CGGCAGUAUCAGUUCAAUGUCCAGUGCAAUUACUAUUCAAAUAUUCCGUCAUUUGAAGCUUUUAAGUCAGUUGUCAAUUUGUUGCAAACAAGUGUGGUUGUGUGUCUAAUAAACAAACUCCGUGUCGUGUUUAUUUACGAAUAUACUCGUACAUUAUUAAUCAAACAAAAUGUCCGUGGAUUUGCAAUACGACUAUGCUGCCGUUACGGCAACUCUGGACAAAUUCUCGCAGGCCGAUAUUGACGCCUUAAAAGAAUGGACCGUGAAUGCAGACAAAUCCAAAUACAUUCCCAAGGAUUUGAGCUCCAAUCAGUUGGUAUACUUCUACAACGCUUGCUACGGAGAUGUUGAUAAGGCGAAAACUUGCAUCGAGAAGUAUUAUAGCUACAGGAAAAGUGCAUCGGACUUCUUCGACAACCGCAAUGUUGAUUCGGAUGAACUCAAGCCCCUCGUCACCGACAUUCUGGAAUUCGCGGUGCUCGGCCAGUCCGUUGAGGGCUAUGAUGUCGUCUUCCACAGACUAUACAACACUGAACCUUCCAAGUACAACUUCGAACUUGGUUGCAGGCUGCUCUUCAUGACCAUCGAUAGCUGUUUGACAAAGCGUGGCCCAUCGCCCGGUAUCAUCUUCCUCUUCGACAUGAGAGGAGUGAAGUUGGGACACUUGACCCGUGUUGGAUUAUCACAUCUCCGCAAGUUCUUCCAGUUCGUCCAGGAGGCCAUGCCUGUCCGUAUGAAGGCAAUCCACGUAUUGAACACUGAAGCGUUAGUGGACAAACUAAUUCUGCUCAUCAAACCGUUUAUGGAUAAGAAAUUCUAUGACAUGUUGAAGUUCCACCAAAAAGACGAGAACUUGGAUAGUUUCUACGAGAAAGUAAUUCCACGGUCAUCACUUCCUUCCGACUUCGGAGGCACCCUUUCUGACCUCCGGACCAUCAAUGCCCAGAACACUGAGAACCUAAGAUCCUUACAACCUUACUUCAAAGCCGAGGAGGCGCAGAGAUUCGCCGUGUUACCAAACAAGAAAGGAGACAAAGUUGAGGAUUCAUUCAAGAGCUUAGAUAUUGAUUAAUAUGUGUAAAUAUAGAACAUUAUAACAGAUAAAAAAUAUCAUUUGGGGAUUAUUCAGUGUUGUAUUUAUAUUUUUUGUUAAUUAUUUUCCAUGCAUUCGGGUGGUGUAUAACUUAUCUUGGGAAAUAAGUGAAAUGUACUUAUACAUUCAAUAUAUAUAAUAUUUAUUAUAUUUAGUUGCCGUCGUGAUAUUUCCAAAGUGAUUAUUUUGUAUAAGGAACAUGUUUUAGGUGAAUAUUUUAUGGAAUAUAAUGCGCAGAACUUUACUAUUGAUAAGUACGACGUUUAGGGAACCAUCGGAAUUGCUGAGUAUAUGUGAAUUUUAUACGUGACUGAAAUUCUAGAGUAUCGGACGUACAUAUUGUAAAUAUGUACGAAAUUUACAUUUCCUGUUCGACUGAGAGCUUAUGACAAAAUCUAGUACAUGAUAUAAAGGUAUAUAAACUAUUAUUAUCGUCCUUUGUAAGUAUAGACAAUUAAAUUACUUAAGUAAAUAAGUAAAAAAUGCUGUAGAAAACAUGUGUUUACUUGCAUAUGCUACCAGCUUAGGUUUUGUAGGAAGCUAUUGAAGUUUUUUUUAAUUAGAUAAACAGUAUUAUGUCAGACAAUUGCUCAAAACUCUAAUUUAUGUUAAGUAAGCAUAUGAAUAAUUGCAUAUUAUAGGCACAAUUACCAUGUUGCAUUGCUCUAUCAAACUUUCAUUGAAAUAUCUCCUUUAAAUUUAAUUAUUUUUAUUAAAUAAUGAUAAUUUAAUAAAACAAGACUCGUAGGCACUCGUAAUGAAUAGAGUAUGUCAAUUAUAAUGUGCACUUAUUUCUAAUAGUAGAGCAAAAGGCAAAGCAAUAUUUAUACUUGCAAAUAUAAUUGUUGAUACUACAGAUUUAGGUAAAUAGUUCUAUUUAGUUGCAUUUAUUGUUAAGUGGGAAAUGUAGGAAAUUCUAAACUAAUGAUAAUUAUAACAAUUGAUGUAAUUUUUAUAAAAUGAAAUAUUAUUUUAUUUAAAAAAACUAUAUGUAUUGUUAUAAUUAGUGAUUACUGUGUUCUUUGUAGAUAUUAAAAUCAUAUUUACUUAAAAUAAACAAAUGCAAUAUAUAUAAUAACUGUUAUAUCACGAUACGAGAUAAUUAGUUAUAUAUUUAAUUAGAUCAAAAUAUAAUUGCACCUUAAUUUCUUCUUAACAUCACAUGUAUUGAGAUAUGUUCAUGAAAAUAGAUUAGCACUUUACUGUCUCCAUAGACAAUUCAUUUAAAUAUAGCCAUAGAGAAUACCGCCAUUUUUAAAAAAAGAAGGUUUAUUGUCGUGACAACUAUUUAUUUUCUGUCUCUGCGGUUUCUAGUACUUAUUAGUGGUGGUUUUAAUUUUUUAUGUACUUAAAUGACAUUGUGCGCGUGUUAUGGAUUGCUUUGUUAUAUUGUACCUGUUAUAUUCCAUUAGAUUAGUUUGAAUUUGUGAUAUAAUGUUUGCAUAGUACUUAUUUCCUUUUUGGUACUUAACUGAGUCGAAACAUGUGAUUUUAAAUUGUGUAGCAAUAUAUUUUUAUAAAACGUUA